CUGGAAGAAAGAGGAAGGAAGAAAAGGUAGAAGAGGAGAAACACAUCCACAGAGGGUAGAGCAAAUGCAGGCAAGAGGAAAAGGGGGCUUUCUGCUACACCAGUCCCCAGUGGAGCCGACCCCAUCGCCUGUCCCCAGAGUCAAGUAAUCCUCUGCCCACUCUGCCAUGGCUGGUGAGGAGCUCAGACGCUGCCCACAGUACGGCCUGAUCUUCCCCGAGCUCUUGUAAUGCAGAGCCUAAGUGAAGAGCUGGCAGCACCAAAGCAGAGAGGGGCGAGCACCAGGACCGUGGAGACGGGGCACCACAGCAUGAUGAGCAGAGGUUUCUCUGUGCCAACAGACCCACCUCAAGACUACCUUUUGGCUCCAGGCCUCUUCCUGGCCCUGAACUGGCCCCUCUUUUUCCCCCUCCCUGCAAUGAACAGCCACUGCUGAAGCACCGCGGCUGGGGCAAGCCAGAGCCCCUGCAGCCUAGCGAAGGCAGGAAGCCAAAGCGCCGACUGGGAGACCCUGCAAAGGCUCCGACAUAGCAGAGCCCUGGCAGGCGACAAGCUGUGCCCAACUCACCACCCCAUCGCCACAACAGGUGGUUGUGAGCCACCAACGUCACAAGCAAACCUGCAGCUUCUAGCCACCCACAGACAUAGGUCCUCUUGACGAGCGCUGCGACACAUAGGAAAACAGAGAAGGAAAUGAACUGGGGCAGCCCACAGAUGAGGAAACCACAAGCGCAGUACAUCUGAGCGCUUCUAACCUCAGCAAGUCAUCAGCAGCCCCAUGACACUGGUGCCAGGCAGGCCUGACUGCUCCGGGGCCGGGUGACCGGCUGCUGCGAGGAAUCUGGAGAAGGGGACGGAGCUGGGGCCUUUAGAGAGACAAAACCUCACAGCUGGGGGGAGCACAACUCUGCAGCCUGCAAAAAGCAGGGCCUUGGCGCCCUUGAUGCCAAGGGGUGGGAGGGUGUGCCCAUGAGCUGGGUGCAGAGCUAGCCUCAGUGAAGCGCUGAAUUUGCCUGCACCAAGUCAAUGCUAUCAGCGCUUCUGGGGGCAGGCAGGGGUGUGUGUGUGUGUGUUCAGGUGCACCCUUCCAGGCACUGGGGCUCUGCACAACACGUCAGUGAGGCCCCGCGAGGCCUCCUCCUCCCCUACAGCCUUAGACCAGUCCACCACUGUAAACGAGGGCAGGUCAAAAUAACUCAGCUGGCUGGACCCCAAUAGCACCAGCAGCAUCAACGGUACCAGAUGAAACGGUCACCGAGCCUUUCUUUUUAGACAGGAAUUGACAGCAAGAAGCAAAGCUGUCGUGUGGUGGGGCCGGGUCAGGGUGACGUGGUAUCCGCAUGGGGCAGAGGAGGGACCAGGCCACACGGGCUUUGUUCUCCCUCAUCUCCCCACCUCAAACCCCACAGCUGGAGAUGGGCCCAAGGAAAUCAUGGGGAGGGACAUGACCAAGGCCGCGCAGGGCAGCAGUGGCAGAGAGUGGCUCCUGCCUGGGGAGCAGGGAGGUGGAGGCCCCUCCGUGCCCCACAUCAGGGGCUCCCAGGCUCAAUUUGCUUGGCGACGUGGCAGCAUUUGUACCCUGCACCUGCUUCCCAGGCUUCUGCCCCUGCCCUGCCCCUUGUGCCCUCAGCCCUGACCAGGACCCCCGCUCCAUCCUUGCCCUGCCCAGCUCAGCAGGCACCGGCACUGCUGCAUUUUCCAAGUUUCGGAGCUGUGAAGCCAACCUGCCACUUCCCCGCUGCCCAUCCUGUCCCCCACGGGCCCCGAGCUGCCCCCAGGCAGCCACAGGGUGCAGGCUCAGCUGGAGGCAGCAGCCCCCGACGCCCGGACAGCCUUCUCCUCCCCAGCCUCUCCCUGCUCCCCACAUCGAGGCAGAAGCUCCCCCACUGUGCAGGUCCUGCCCCGCCCCCCGCCCCCGGCUCUAACCACUGGACCACACUGCCGCUGCUCCUUCGUACAGCCCAGCACACUGGUGAAGGGGGCUAACAGGCGAGAAGGGAUGUCCAGGAGGGUCCCAUGGGGUGUUCGCCUGGCACGGGGACUUCCCGGCUGAGUGAGCACAGUGCUGGAGCAGCUGACAGGCGGAGCCGGGCCACACGCAGUCAGCUGGGCAUGACAGAGCGGGCACGGCUGGGCCACACCUGACUGAGCCACUGGCAGCGGGGUGACUAGGGGGUUCCCCCAGUAGCUCCCCCAUACCACUGGCCCUGUAGCCCCUGACAGGCAUCGAGGACCCUGUCACCCCCAGGGCCUGGCCUGGGCCAUUCCCCAUGGCUCGCUGUGGGAAGAUGACAGCGGGGGUUCCCCUUGGCCUGGUGCCGAUGAGUCAGCUCCACGCAGGCGGGGCCUCGGCUCUAUAAGAUGUUGUCUCCUGUGCCUGGAGCCAGCAGGCAGGAUGUGCAGUCCAGGGGCAGAUCCCAGGAGCGUGGGCGCGUGGCUCCCCCUCGUCCUGCUCUGCGGCUGUGUCCAGCUCUGCCGCACGGAUGCGAGCUCCAAGCUGCUCCCGGAGAUCAUCUACCCCCUCAAACCGCUCCCGAGACCUGCCCUGGGGGCAAACUUCUCCGUGUCAUGCGAGGCGAAGAGCGCCUUCCAGGACAUGACGAUUAUGUACUGGCUGGCGAACCUCUCUUUCGUCGAGAAACUGUACCCCGACGGCGCUGUGGAGGAAGGGGCCGUGCGGAAGGAGCCCACAGGCACCGGCGUCGUGAUGUGGCGGGAGCUGCGAUUCAAGUCCUUCUCCAACCGGGACCUGAACACCCAUUUCAUGUGCGUGGUGAAGAGCCCUGCCGGGGUGGCCACCACCACCCUCCAAUGGCAGCCCGAGACAGCAGCAGGCUCAGAGGGCCCAGUUCAGGACAGCCCGCAUAGCUGAAGGCAGGGGCCAGUCCUGGGGAUCAGCAUUGCACCACGGCCGCCUUCGGCCCCAAGGCCUCUGCCGCCUGCAUCCCCACCAAGCCAAGCCCAGGCCCCGCUCCGCCGCCACCUCCACCUCCCCACACGCAGCAGCGGGACAAGACUCCUCGUGCGCCGCACACCCUGGGCCUGGUGGCUCUGCUCCAAGGCUCCUGGCUGGCAGGUGAACGGGCAUGGCCGGAAAGCCUUGCGUGCUUGGCUGCCGGGACGGGCUGUGCUUCGUCCCCGGGCAGCAGCAGUCAGGUGAUGGACUACACAACUAGAAGGCGCUGGAGCCCCGAGCGGGCGGCACCUCUUUCCCCUUCGGGGGACACUUCAAUAAAGACCUUGCUCAUGGCAAAUUCCCUCCUGCUCCUCCUACUAAGCGUCUCGGGGUGGGAAGAGCCUCUGGCAACUUUUCUCCCUUUCUGCCUUAAAAUGGAUACCUUGUUCCACCCCGGAGGUGGCUUUGCACUUGCGCGUACCCUGUAAAAGGCUUGGAGCUUUUAAGGUUAAAACGUGCUCGAAAGGAAGAUGUUUUUUCAACUUAAAAAGUGGGCCCUGCAAACUCUAGGUUUGUGAACUUCCCUCUGACUGAUGCAGCCUGUGCUUCCCAACCAGUUUUCAAACGUGGCUGAUAUUUUUGCAGCCCUCGGGUGUCCAGCUGGACGCGCCUGAAAGGGGCCCAUCUUGUCAGGACUCUGAUAAUACCGUCCUGAUAAAUCGUCUUGCAUUAGGAUCCCAAAGCAUAUUCGAGACCGUGCCUGCAUUUCAGCAUCACUGCAGGUAGAUUAUGAUCGGAGCCGGUCUAACGUUUCCCGUUCAGACAGGACUUCGCGGGAGGGGCUGGACUAAACAAAACUCUGGAAAGGAGCUGGUUGGGAAAGCUGGGGUCAUGCUGCUGGCAGUGCCAGGCCGGGGUUGCUCCGGGGACGCAGGCACAGCGAGGAGCUUGGAAAGCAGCCGAAGCGGGUUGAGGGCUUGGCUAGGACCAGACGAACCCAGCCUGGGCCCCAGCGUGUUCGGUUGAUGUGCCCCGGGGCAGGACAGGGGUGUGCACAGGCGGUGCUGCAGGAGGGGAGUAGAGGCAACACGGGGUUAUAGGCACAGAGCAACCAUGCAAACCUCCAGCCCCUGCCACUCCCCAGCCCGCAUAGUUUGCCAGCGCUGUGCCACCCUCUGGCCCAGCCCUGGGGCAUGGGGGUGGGUGAAUGCAGCUGGCCCCUCCGCAAGGGUAGGGGCACAACUGGCACGUGCUGGAUGAGCUUCCACCAUUCAAACAUGUGCCAGCUCCUCGGGUUGCCCUGGGCCAGCGCUCCGCUGUGCCAACACCCGAGCAGGGGCCACGGCAAGGCUGCCGGGGAAAUGAGCACAGGCACAGGGAGCGGGGGGCCAGGUCUGGGUCCCCUCUGCACUCUCCCACCGGGGACUGGAGAACCCGCCACUCACGGGACAGACACGAGGAGGAUGGGGGAUGCUGCAGCUUUGGGUCAAGGGAGCCAUGGGCACCUUCCUGGCGCGGCUGCCCUGGCUGGUACCCGUGCAUCCAGGACAAGGACAGAGGGGCACAGGGGGGUGGUCUUCAAUCCUGAGCUGAAUGGCAAGAAAACAUGGGAAAUAUCAGAGGUGAAGAGAUAGCAGAUGGGUCCGCGGCAUUUGCGCUGCCUCUCUGGGGGGGUGACUGGCGCUCAUGAAGGUAGUGCUGUACUAGUGCUUUGUACACUGCAUGGGUCCUGCCCACAUCCAAGCAGGUCGCCCACAGGAUCCAGGGAGCCUCGUGCAUUUUCUUGUGGGGAUCCACAUGGGCAAAGGCAGCGAGGAAGCCCCUGCACAAGACUGAACGGGCUGGAGGAAGGGGCAUGCCAGACAUCCUCCUGUUCCUGCGGGCAAAGUACACGAGCUGGAUCUGCAAACUGGCGCCGGGUGCACGGUCCGACACAGCCGGGCUCGUGCGAUAUUUUGCAGGACACCUCCCAAGACAGCAGGCAGUUUUCGUGCUGACCAGCGGUCCGACCGUGGCUCAGGAACCUGCUGUGGAGCUACAAGACCCUGAUCGAGUUGCGCAGUGGGUACGGGCUGCAGAGUGCAGGCCCCACACCCGUGGCCAACCACAAGAAGAUGCAGGAGGCGGUGAGAUGCAUCGUGGACUUGGUCCUGGGCGAUGCUUGUCAAGCCGUGAGGAAACACGUGAAAGACCGCAGAGACCUGAACUGGUGGAUAGCCCACCGAGCCCUCCCACUGAGGGCCCAGAGACAGAGAGGGGCAACCGGGGAGACCCAGCUGCCAAGGAGACUAUUGGCACCUCCUACGAGGAGGUGUGGAAGAAGGUAAAGUGGCUCUGCGAAGCAGCAACAGGGCUCAGACGGCUGACCAGAGAGGCGACACCUGACAAAACACCAGGGAAGCCCGUCUGCCCGCCCACUUCGACCAGGUCACGUCGUGCACCAGGAGCGCCCCGUGGAAGUGCAGCCACCUCCUGACAGGCAGGCCCGUGGACCUCGAGGGGGUAGGCUGCAUUAAAGUGGCUCUGAGCGAGUGCCAGUCUUACUACCACAAAUCGGCAGCAGAGGACAGUGAGGACGCAGCCAAAUCCACCUGGCAGAGGGACGCUCGGCCCAGGGUCUUUCAAGACCCUGCUGGCACUGUCCGUUUCCCCGCUGCAAAGAGGA